AAAAUUCAGAGGGUUUUUAAUUAGAUACUAACUAUUCGUGACUAUUACUUCACAGAGAAGGCAGAUACUGAAAUCGUUUAUGAUAAAAAGCUGAGUUUUAUGAUUCGUGCUGCGUUAACCGGUGUUAUUGCUGGAUCUGUUGCUCAAUUCUUAGCCAGUCCAAUUGAUCUUAUUAAGGUUCGUUUACAAACAGAACGGAGAUGGUUAUCAGAAAUUCAUGUCAGUGGUGAUAAGUCUGUUAAUCCUUCUGCAAUACCUACUAGUCAACAGCGAUUAAGUUUUAUACGUACAACUAAACAGCUUAUUUCUGAAGGCGGAAUUCUCGGAUUAUGGCGUGGUGGCUUACCGAAUGUACAACGUGCAGCACUUGUAAAUAUGGGUGAAUUGACAACUUAUGAUACAGCUAAACGUUGGUUUGCUGUACGAUUUCGUCUUGAGGAUGGUCCAUUUCUCCACUUUUGUGCAUCACUUACCUCGGGAUUUGUAUCUGCAGUUCUUGGUACACCAGCUGAUAUGAUUAAAACACGCAUAAUGAAUCAACGUUUAUCGUCACCGUCGUCAUCACCAUCGCCUGCAAAUAAUCAUAAUGGUCUAUUGUAUAAAGGAGUUAUUGAUUGUUUUUGUAAAGUAGUCAAGAAUGAAGGCUUUCUAGCCUUGUAUAAAGGCUUCUUUCUAAUAUGGGCUCGUAUGGCACCUUGGUCUUUAACAUUUUGGCUAACAUAUGAAAAAAUUCGUUCGUUAGCUGGAGUGAGCGGUUUUUGAAGACAUCUACUCCAAUUGUAUGUCUUUGUGUGUGUGUCCGAAUGUGCGCGGACGCUUUACACCGAUUCUACUUGUUCUCUAUACUAGACUUCUAGUCAUCAAUGAUCACUAUAUGGAAACGGUGAUUUUUUCCCCUUAUGGAUCGAGAAGAAAUCAAUAAUAUUGAUUUAUAUAAUCAUUUCAAUUGCUUU